CAACAUCCCUCAACACCCUCCUCCCUAACUCCUCUACACUCAUCUCGGCCCUCUUAUAAGACCCUACCUCUUCAUCAAUCCCACCCUCUUAUCUCCAUCUCACCUCUUGCUUUUUCAGAUGGUGCAAGAUCCGCAAUGGCUCCUCCAAUCGAGAUCUUCAGCUCCAACGACCUCGCCGAGAAAGUGCAGUACACAGCGUCCGGCAAGCGGCGGAAGCCCGACGUUGACCUGCGUGCGUGCAAGCUACUAGAGAUGGUGCAGUACCACUGCACACACAAGGGAGAUUACAAGAAAGAUCCGAGGGCCGUGUAUGUCGAGUGCAGUCCGCUGGUGCGGUCGUUUCGGAGGUGCGCGGAUGGGUUGACGGUGGAGACGACGGCUUGGGAGGAUGAAGAGGGCAAUUGAUAGUUCACUGGAUGUUGUGCACAUGAGGAGUUUGGGUAGUGAUUUCGUAUUCCUUGUAACAUAUGCCGGAGUGUGCUGGUUGAAGACCAACAACUUUUACAGCCUACUAUAGCCAACCUGGCUUUCAUAGUAAGCUAUGCUAGAAAGCGCUUGCAUCGUACGCAGGCAAUGUAGAAACAUUACAAAAUACAACAAACGCCGCUGCUCCAUGCUUAUGAUAAUCAUAUCCUGAGACCCCCUCGAGGUCUUCCUAUCCAAAACGCCUCCCUGUAAAGUGGUAUUCGUCGAUUCUCACCAAGUAAGGCAACUCAGCUUCUCAAGUCCUUGCUGCGGCCUUCCUCCAAAAUUUCUUAUCGUAAUUGACCUGCAUCCCCUCAAACAUUUC